GUCGGGUUGUGAGUUCGCUUGUUUGAAUACCGAACCUACGACCCGACCGCGACCAAUCCGUGCUGUUUUUACAAUGUGUGUGUAACUUGUCAAGACUUGUCCGGCGACGAAACAGUUCUUCCGAGAUCAACGAAAGUAUCAAGUCAUUUUUGAAGGGAAUUCAAAUUAAAAUGUCUUUUGAAGAUAAUAAAUCUUUUUGGGAGGAAUUUAUCCAACUUUACCAGGAAAAUCCUUGUCUUUGGGACAUCAAGUGUAAGGAUUACCGCAACAAACAGAAAAAAACUGCUGCGUAUGAGAAUUUAAUUAACAAAAGCAAAGAAAUGUUUCCAGAUGCCAACAAGAAAUUUGUUAUCAAAAAAAUAUCGUCCUUACGGUCAUCUUUCCGACGCCAGAUAAGACGUAUUAAUAGUUCAAAGAGAAGUGGGGUGGGAACAGAAGAUGUACCAGAACCUACAUUGUGGUAUUUUGAUCUAUUGACUUUCCUGAUGGAUCAAGAAGAGUCUCGUGCAGCGGUUUCUUCGAUAGAAGGAAAUAACCUAGAUGACCAAUCACAGGCCUCAGAAGCCGAUGCAUACACACAACAUUCUGAUCAAGAUUUAGAUUCAUCAUCAGUUUUAUCGCCUGAAGCUCCUCAAAGUGCAACACCAAGUUCCCGUAACAAGCGAACUCUCAACUGCACAACUUGGACACAGAAGAAAAAUACAUUUUUGGAUGCUUCCAUAAAAGUAUUGGAAACUCCGCAACAGGAUGUUCUUGAACCACAAGAAAUAACAUUUGGCAAAAAUACUGGUCAACAAUUACAGGAUAUUGCAGUUGGACAGAAUGUGCUAUACCAUGCAAAAUUGGGAAAUCUCACACAUUCUUCUCAUAUUUCCCUGGGUUACCAACCACCAUCAUAUCAAAGUGCCCCAUGCGUUCCGCAAGCACAAAUAUUUCAAAACUCAUGCUCCAGGUAUACAACAUCCAUUAACCCAACCUUUAAUGAACCCAGCACGUCAUAUACACAUCAACCAGAUGUACCAACUUCUACCACUUUGACAACUCCAAAUCAGGCGUCUGCAAAUAGGGAAGUGAUGGAAGAAUUUUUAGUUUUUCCCAGGCAAAAUAAUUAAGAAGUGAUAAGGUACUACGAGUAUUACAGACUGAUUCACAUAUCUUUAAUUGUUAGACAUAAUUUGAAAUAAUAAAAGUUUUUUCAACACUCUGUUUCUUAUAUGCAUCAGAAUACAUGAAAAAAAUAAUUAUUGUACUUAC